AUGAAUCUUAUAGCAUGGAAUUGUAGAGGGGCCUUGAAGGCCUCAUUUCAGAAGCAUGUAAGGGAGCUUGUGAUUAACCACAAUCCUGCUGUUAUGAUUGUCAUGGAAACAAAAAUCGGUGGUGAGCAGGCUCGGGAAAUUACUGAUAGACUUCCCUUUGAUGGUGUGUUUCAUACGAACACGAUAGGAUAUGCCGGGGGGCUCUGGUUGCUGUGGGACUCGGAUAGGGUGGAGAUUUUGCCACUUUCAAGCACAAAGCAGGAAAUCCAUGCCACUGUGAAGGUACGGAACUCUAAUCUUUCCUGGUUACUUUCAGCAAUUUAUGCUAGUCCUAGGUAUGCCGAAAGGCAAGUGUUAUGGAAUAAUUUAACCAGAGUUGUAGAGCUUCAUAAUCUACCUUGGGUUUUAGCUGGGGAUUUUAAUGAGCCUAUUGUUGGUGAGGACAACUUUGGGGGGAGGCCUGUUAGUGUGAACAGAUCCUUAAUUCUGAAAGAGUACCUUGACAGGUGCAACAUGAUAGAUUUAGGAUGCAAUGGGCCCCGUUUCACUUGGACAAACCGAAGAGAAGUUCAGGGUUUAAUCCAAGAGAGAAUAGAUAGGUUUUUUGUGAAUCCAAGUUGGUGCCUUCUCUAUCCGGAGGCAAGGGUAUCCCACUUAACUAGAUGCCAUUCGAAUCAUUGUCCAGUUCUCUUAGAGUUGCAGCCUACAAUCUGGACCAACCGAACUAGGCCUGUUAAAUUCCAACGUUUUUGGCUUUCUGAUGUAACUUUCCCUAAGGUGGUGGAGAAUGUGUGGGGGCGGAUUCGAGGUCUUACUGAAGCUAUUGAUACUUUCCAGCGUGAAGCUUUGGCUUGGAAUAAAUUACAUUUUGGGAAUAUUUUUACAAGGAAGAGGAAGAUUAUGGCUAGAUUGAAUGGUAUUCAAAGGGCAGUAGCAGUGAGGCCAUCAAACCCCCUUUUGGACCUUGAGAACAAUCUCCUAAAGGAGUUGGAUGUGGUGCUAGGGCAAGAGCAAGAGUUGUGGGCUCUCAAAUCGAGAAUUAACUGGAUGGUCCAAGGUGAUAGAAACACUACAUUCUUUCAUAUGUCAACCUUGGUCAGACGGAAGAGAAAUCAAAUUCUGGCCAUCAAGAAUGGGGUAGGAGAGUGGCUGUGUGCAGAAACAGAGAUUAUGGAGUUCAUUAGGAAGGGCUUCAAUGACAUCUAUACUUCCUCUUCAAUCGCUUCAGGCAGAAUACAUUCGGGUUCUUCUCAGUGGCAAGCCAAGCUUUCUGAGGAGGAAAAAGGGAGCUUAUAA